AUGCAUCACCGGACGGGCACGAAGAGCCCUCCAUCUCUACCGCUGUUCGCUCGCAGCGACCACUUCUCUACCGCUAGUAUUCGACAUGCUCUGCGUCCUCCACUCUCGCGCCCGUGCGUGCUUGUGCUAGCGCUCAGCGGUCUGGGGAUGCUGAUAAUGACGGCCAACUUCAUGUUCACGUUACGUGCCACGUCCUUCGCGUUUAAGAAGACGCGGGUACUGGAGAACCACGUCGAUAUUGACCAAACUAUGGGCCGGAUCAUUGAUGUCCUCAAAGGCGGGAAGGAGGUCCCAGACAGUAGCUACAGACCGCCACCUCUUGACUACAGGGACAGCUCGUUCUCGGCCGACGACGUGAACCGCAUGGAGGAGCAGCUCGUCUACACGAUCCACGAGACGGCGCAGCGGACGAUUGACAAGCGGGGGAUUGUGCUGCCACUGUUCGACGACAUUGCAGCGCUGGGCGUGUCUUUGAUCUUGGAGCUGCGGGCGAUGGACGUGCUGUUACCAAUUGAAAUACCGCACUGUGGCGAUCUGAAAGACUCGACGAUUCGCACAGUUCUGGAACAAGAAGAAGUGGGUGUGCUGCACUUCUAUGAUGUUUGUGAACUCGCGUCAGAGACCGUCAGUUUACUGGAUGCGUCCGUGAAGGUGUUUUGUGAGAGUCUGAGCAGCUGCUAUGAACUGUUUCAAAGCUUUGACAUCAAGAUACUGGCUGUGAUUUUCUCGCGGUUUGAAGAGGUGAUGCUGCUUGAUGCCGACACGUUGUUCUUUGAGAGUCCCAUGUCGCUCUGGGAUACGGACAAGUACCAGAAUACGGGCACGCUGUUCUUCCAUGAUCGACUGGUCGAAGACAAAAUGUUUAUGGGGAACCUCCUCGAAGGUAGCAAUGGUGACGCGAGACAAAUACAUGACUUUAUGUCACGGUUCGAUGUGUCGCCGUUUAGGCCGUUGGGUCACAUUGAACGACCAAAGGCAACAAGCGAGAACAAGGUGCCUGUAACGCUGCGUUUCUCACCCAGCGAGCAACUGUUGACGAGUCAUUCGUGGAACUACCGCGCUGGCCACGAGAUGGACUCGUCGUUGGUACUGUGGAACAAGAAGCGGCAGCCACGAGCAACAGCGAUCCUGGGAGCGUUUGUAGCGCGCAAUAGCAUCAGUCGACCGCCUUCUUACGGUGAUAAGGAGCUGUUUUUUGUGGCCGCCGAGCUCGCUGAGACGCAGUAUGCGUUUUCGGAUUACGGAACGGGAGCCACGGGGCAGGACUUUCGCGAUGCUGGGCCCGGCAAGUCGGUGCUCUGCGGCUACGCCGCGCAUUACUAUCCGGUGAAACCGAAGGAUGAAAGGCUCGUUGCUACUGCUAGCGUGUUGUACCUCAACAGCGAUGACAUUCUGGUGUAUGACCCAAGAACAAAGCCCCUCUACUACACUCAGGCGCGACUAUACGAGGAAUACCCAGGCAACGCUGAGGAGCGCGGUCUACUGAAUAUGUGUCCGUUCGACGUGACGGGUGUGCGCUUUUCUUCUGAACAGGAGAACCGCAUGCAGCUACGUCAGCGCUUCCACGAGUUUGCUAAGGCCUGGAUGGAGUAG